CGCCGUGCAGAGGAGCCUCACGACCAGGCUUCCUGUCUUUUCAUUUACGAACAUCUGUGAAGGCAAAGCAAGACUCUCUUCUUCACUAGGUACCUGUUUGCAAAGUCUCGAGCCCUCAUAUACACACACCUGUGCAAGAAGCAGAGUGAAGGAAGGACUGGCCAGAGGCUCAGAUUCCCAACCAACAAGAGCUCAAGGAGACCACCAUGUGCCGAGCCAUCUCUCUUAGGCGCUUGCUGCUGCUGCUGCUGCAGCUGUCACAACUCCUAGCUGUCACUCAAGGGAAGACGCUGGUGCUGGGGAAGGAAGGGGAAUCAGCAGAACUGCCCUGCGAGAGUUCCCAGAAGAAGAUCACAGUCUUCACCUGGAAGUUCUCUGACCAGAGGAAGAUUCUGGGGCAGCAUGGCAAAGGUGUAUUAAUUAGAGGAGGUUCGCCUUCGCAGUUUGAUCGUUUUGAUUCCAAAAAAGGGGCAUGGGAGAAAGGAUCGUUUCCUCUCAUCAUCAAUAAACUUAAGAUGGAAGACUCUCAGACUUAUAUCUGUGAGCUGGAGAACAGGAAAGAGGAGGUGGAGUUGUGGGUGUUCAAAGUGACCUUCAGUCCGGGUACCAGCCUGUUGCAAGGGCAGAGCCUGACCCUGACCUUGGAUAGCAACUCUAAGGUCUCUAACCCCUUGACAGAGUGCAAACACAAAAAGGGUAAAGUUGUCAGUGGUUCCAAAGUUCUCUCCAUGUCCAACCUAAGGGUUCAGGACAGCGACUUCUGGAACUGCACCGUGACCCUGGACCAGAAAAAGAACUGGUUCGGCAUGACACUCUCAGUGCUGGGUUUUCAGAGCACAGCUAUCACGGCCUAUAAGAGUGAGGGAGAGUCAGCGGAGUUCUCCUUCCCACUCAACUUUGCAGAGGAAAACGGGUGGGGAGAGCUGAUGUGGAAGGCAGAGAAGGAUUCUUUCUUCCAGCCCUGGAUCUCCUUCUCCAUAAAGAACAAAGAGGUGUCCGUACAAAAGUCCACCAAAGACCUCAAGCUCCAGCUGAAGGAAACGCUCCCACUCACCCUCAAGAUACCCCAGGUCUCGCUUCAGUUUGCUGGUUCUGGCAACCUGACUCUGACUCUGGACAAAGGGACACUGCAUCAGGAAGUGAACCUGGUGGUGAUGAAAGUGGCUCAGCUCAACAAUACUUUGACCUGUGAGGUGAUGGGACCUACCUCUCCCAAGAUGAGACUGACCCUGAAGCAGGAGAACCAGGAGGCCAGGGUCUCUGAGGAGCAGAAAGUAGUUCAAGUGGUGGCCCCUGAGACAGGGCUGUGGCAGUGUCUACUGAGUGAAGGUGAUAAGGUCAAGAUGGACUCCAGGAUCCAGGUUUUAUCCAGAGGGGUGAACCAGACAGUGUUCCUGGCUUGCGUGCUGGGUGGCUCCUUCGGCUUUCUGGGUUUCCUUGGGCUCUGCAUCCUCUGCUGUGUCAGGUGCCGGCACCAACAGCUUCCCCCCCUCCCCCCUCCAAGGGGCACCUCCCUCCUGGAGGACUGGGACCCUCACGACUACUCUCCUUGUCCCUGGGCAGCGCCAGGCAGCACGAAUGUCUCAGAUCAAGAGGCUCCUCAGUGAGAAGAAGACCUGCCAGUGCCCCCACCGGAUGCAGAAGAGCCAUAAUCUCAUCUGAGGCCUAGGCCCCACCUGCAGCCCACCACCUGCGUCCUGUCUCAUCGCCCGAGGCCUGGGGACCAGAUGAAUGUAGCAGACACGCUGCCUCCGGCCUUCUGCUCUCCUCUUCCACAACCGGCCACGGUUUCCCUCCCUCUGUUCCCAAGCCUGUCUGUCUGCAGAGCUUGCCCUCUGCGUUUCAGACACUCAAGCACACCCCAUCAGCUUAUUUAUUCUUCGCUGCUGCCUUUCUGCCAGAGCCUCGGCCCUUCUCGGACUAAGGUCCUGGAACCUUUUUCCAGCUGUCUGCUUGGAUCAAAGGGCAGUGUAUAGCACCUGGCACGGAUGGUGGGACUGGUGUCUGGAAAUACACAGCACAGUUUACGAGAGGGCUCUGGGACCAAGCUGAGUGGGGCAGGGAGGGCCGGGAGGUUGUGCAUGUCACACAUGAAGCAUGUCAGGGGCAAAUGAAGACUGAGAGGCUGCGGGAGUCAGCCUCAGCUUCCCAUGAUGCCUGCUUCUCUUUUGAAUUUGCAAGACCAGACUCACAUUCUAACCAGUGCACCAACACACAUCCAAGCCACACACCUGUCCAUAUAUCCAAACAGCAUAUCUUAAUUCAUAAGCCACUUUAAUGUCCCAGGCAUUCGACCCUUACAAAAACCUUACAAGUGGAUGAGCGGUAAAAAGCCUCAUGAACUGAGUGGAAGGAGAGGAUUAACUCUUGAAAGUUGUCCCCUAUGUAUGUACCAUGACCCUCAUGUGUACACAACACACACACACACACACACACAUACACACACGAACACACGCAUGUUGCACACAUGCAUGCACGCUGAAAUCCUACAAGCUGACAGUGAUGACUAAGAUGGCAGAGAUAACCAGUCAUCCCUAGUGAAAUGGAACUUGGUUGAAUGACUACCCAAGGUUACCCAGCUAACAAGUGCUGAUGUCAGGGCCAACCCAGGGCUCCUGAUCCCUAGAGCCAAGCCACUACAUGGAACACAGGGAUGAAUACCACACAGAUCUCUGGAGCUAGUUCCAGGCCCUCGGUAUACACACACACACACACACACACACACACUGGAGCGCAGCCCCUGGCAGAGAUCUUGAGAGGAUGGAGGAGCCAUUCUGGUUUCAAAUCCCUCCUUGAUCACUGCUGUUCUCACCCCCCCCUCCUUCCCCCAAAACCCUAGUUCUCUUAGAGUGAGGCUGGGAGAGAUGCACAGAGACCUGCCGCAGUGUGUGCAGAGCCUGGGAAGUGGACCAUGCUGGGGUCCUUUAUGGAGAGAGCAUUGUGGCAGGUGGCUGUGCCUUCCAUCCAGGAGGUCAGGGGUCUAAGGGCUCUCCCUGAGAGUCUUGAUCUGUUUCUCAUAGAUCCACAGCCUCCUCUGCCUCUGUCGUUUGCCUGCUUCAGCACUUCCUUCCCCUUUUUUCCUCUUUUCUUCCCAGCUGGCCUCUUCUAGAAACAUCCCUUCCCCACUUCUCUUCAUUAUUCACUUCUUAUUUUUGCCCACUCCCCACUCCUGCUUCCUGAGCUGACAGAAAAAUAAAGGCUAUAAAUAAAA